UGGCAGCAGAGUUGUUAAAUAUUUACUGUUGUAAACAAAUUCUAUCACACAUUUUUGGCUCAAAAAUUCCGAGCUCUCCUGAAGGUACGAUAACACUUUAUCCCUCCACAAUAAAUUUUAUUCUAUGUGGCGGUGUGUUCAAGUUGUCAAUCUGAGAGCGCUGAGCGCUAGAUCGGUACGACUUGUUCAUCAGCAAUGCGUCGUCAACGCUCAGGAACUAAAAGAAAGGGGUAUCGUUAAAGUUUCUGGAACAGAUACCGGCCCAUUCCUUCAGGGUCUCAUGACCAAUGAUAUCAGACAUUUGGAUGAAAAAAACAAGUACAGCAUGUACUGCAUGUUCCUUAAUACACAAGGUAGAAUUCUAUAUGAUGCCAUAAUUUACUCCCCAGACGAAUCAGGCAGUUACCUGAUCGAGUGUGACACAGAAUGUUUGCAACCUCUAGUCAAACAUCUCUCCAUGUUCAGAGUAAGAAGGAAGAUUACAGUGACUGUGGAAGAAAAAAUGAGGCCUUGGGUGCUCUUUGAUCAACCUCCUGAAGAUCUGAGCAAAGAAGUUAUCUUGUCCAAAGAUCCUAGGGUUAAAGAACUGGGCUGGCGAGUUGUGAUAGAUUCCAGCAAAAGCGUUAGUCAACUGAUCAAGAAUCUCUGUGUUGAAAAAACAGAUCGAUAUACCAAACUCAGAUACCAACUUGGCAUAGGAGAGGGCCAUAGAGACAUGCCUCCAGGCACAUGUUUUCCGCUCGAAUAUAAUUGUGAUUACCUGCAUGGCGUCAGUUUCCAUAAAGGCUGCUACUUGGGCCAAGAACUUACAGCCAGAACAUAUCACACGGGUGUGAUCAGGAAACGUCUGAUGCCGGUUGUCUUCCAACAACCUCCCGACCUUGUCCAUUUAGAAACUACCGUAACCGACGAAAAUGGAAGCAGAGUGGGUAAACUGCGAGGACAUCUUCAUGGGACAAUUUACGGUGUUGGCCUUUUACGAAUUCAGCAAGCUCUGUCGGCUUCUCAGCUGAAAAUUGGAACGAACUCAAUCAACACUCACCGACCAACUUGGUGGCCUAUAGAAGCGCCCAAAGACCGCACACAGCUCGACUCUAGCUCAUUAUAGACAAACAUAAGCUAAUUGUGGUUUCUGUGUUAGAUUUUAGAUUGUUACAAUACAAUGUUGCUCUAUG